CCUCAUUCCAGUGACAUCUGACAGCUGUCAGUGCGUCAGUGUCAAUGUGGGAGGAUUUGUUUAGGUUUUCCAACAUGAUUCACUUAAAAACAAGUAACAAUGUAUUUCCGCCAACGAUAAACUUUUCGGUCAAUAAUUUUAAGUGAAAGUGCAAAAAUGUCCGAUUCCAGUCCAUACGUAGCCAAAUACCAACAGCUCUUGCGCGACUUGAAAAACACGGUCGAAGGCCUCCUGGUGUCCCAAGUGGCCAACGUGUGGUCCAUAUAUGGGGGCCUAAACCGUCUCCACUGUUCAGUGGAGAAAAUCUUCAAACACGGCUGUAAAUCCCCAGGACUGGAGAGUACUGGGUAUUUUCAGUUUAUUCAAGGUUUAGAGUGGCUGCAGCCGGAAAAUGCCAAGUCGUACUUUUCGAUAGAUUGCGAAUAUAAACCCCACGUGCCGCAGAAUCUUAAAGAUGACAAAUCUUCAAUUUGGUUGUAUCGAAGUUUGGAGAAUCACUCGCUAUCUCAAAAAUUAUCAUGGCUGCUUUCGGAUAAAAACCACCUACUGCAAUGUUACCAGGAAUACGCAUUUCUAUGUCAGGAGAAGUACGCUGAAGCGGCUCUUAUUUGUUUGAGGGCUGUGGAGCGGAAUCAAGCCAGUUUAAUGUCGGAGAUUAAUCCAUGUCUUUUUCUUCUUGAGGCCAGUGCUAAAGAAUUCCACAAAAUGCACCGACGGUGUUCGUCGUAUCCAGACGACCACGUCAAACAUUUUUAUCUAGAUGCAGAGAAAAAACGCAAAACUAUGCAAGAUUUAAACGAAGCAACUAAAGAAGUUGUGAAAUCCCCAAAAAAAGCUCUAAUUAAGGGUAAAUUGAAGCCCUGGCACAGCAUGCCGAGCCUACAUUCUGACACUUUCCAAAUAAAAAAGCAAGUGUUCGCGCAGAGCAAAACAACUCCGUCCACUCCUCUUUAUACCAAAAAAAUUUCAGCUAGUACUUUAAAGUUAGAUAAGUCAAUACAGUAUCCAAAGAUGAGAAAAUCUAAUUUGAAGAAGGGGGCGCCUAAAGUGAAGAGGGAACCGAGGCACGUUAUUAUAAAUAAUUGUGAUAUUAUUGAGCACACGCCGCCUUUGAGCAGUUCUCAGAGUAGUGGUGCUAUGGGGAAUGAUGAUUUGAUGAAUCUCAGUACGAAGUCGUUGCCAGAAACGAGGAACAUUUCGCAUUCGCCAAGGCUUGUUGACAGUUUUCUACCUCUACCUGGUGAGAAGGAUUUUAGAAAAACUCCCAAGAAGUCGUUUAUUGAGGAUGGCGGAAUGAGCGUUCUUCCAAUGGCUACAGGGUACUUUCCAAGACCGGCCAAAGGCCAGAGCUUGCUCUCAUUCUUGACUUCAAGUCAAUUCGCAAGAGCAAACGCAGAACUCGACCGAGAAAACGCGCACUUCAGCAUUUCCGAAGCAAUCAUUUCCGCCAUGGAGCAGAUCAGAUGUCGCAGAGAACUGAAAUUGGUAGACGAACAACUCGACGACUCUGAUCCAGAGAUAAUAGAUUUAAAGCAACGGAUCAGAUUGAGAAGGCGCGAGAAACUGGCGGAAAAACAAAGAAAAGUUUGGGCGGACUCGCUGAUGAGCGACGGAAAAACAGACACUGCCACCACCGUCAGCCCGUGCUCCACCUCGCCCGAUUCCUUCUCGGACUGCGCAAGCUCCGAAGAAGUCGACGAUCUAGAAAUAGAUGAAGCCUCAACUCUCUCCGAAAACCACGGUCUCUCUGUUUCCAUGGCGUCCCUCUAUUCAGACGCAGACGUUCUAAGACGACCACGCGGUGCUCCAGACGGUGCUUCUGACAUUUUCUCAGCCGAAGGAGUAGCUUUAUCUCUGAUAAGCAAGUUCAGCGAAAAGCAGCUACCGCGCGCGUCGGAUCUAGAAUGGCUGGUUUCUGAAGAGGACGCUCCUCAAGCUCUCUUACCGAUGCCAAAGAGCUGGCCUGUGAGUCCCGACGACUCGGAAAGUUCAGUUACCUUGUUGAGAGGGACGCAAGAGUGGGCGCCACCAAGGCCUCAGAUUAUCUUCACCAUCCAUCCACCUCCUUCGAGGAAAAUCCUGAUAGCGAAACAAAACUAUCGGUGUGCUGGGUGUAGCAUGAGGGUGGCGCCACAGUACGCGUCGAGGUAUAGAUACUGUGAUUAUUUGGGGAGGUACUUUUGUACAGGGUGCCACACGAAUCAGUUAGCUUUAGUACCGGGACGGGUUUUGCAGAAGUGGGAUUUUACCAGAUAUCCCGUUUCGUCUUUCUCGUAUAGACUGUUGGAACAAAUGUAUUCCGAUCCUUUAUUCCGAGUUUUCGAACUUAACAAACACAUCUGGAAGAUGUCCAAAAACCUCCAGUUUUGUCGAAAAUUUCGACUAGGUUUAUUCUACUUAAAAGAUUUUAUUUUUACUUGUAGGUUUGCGGAAACGAUUCGCGAAAGAUUGGAGCAAGAAAAAACGUACAUUCUAGCGGAUCCGGAGAUUUAUUCUAUAGAAGAUCUAGUCAGUGUUAGAAAUGGUGAUAUGAAACUUAGGCUUAAGUAUUUAGUGGAGUUGUGUUGUAGGCAUACCGCCGAGUGCAAGCUGUGUUACGAGAGAGGCUUUAUUUGUGAAAUCUGUAAUUCACCGGAAGUUAUUUUUCCAUGGCAGAUGAAGAAGGUGAGACGGUGUAGUCAGUGCGGAAUGUGCUACCAUUCUAGCUGUUGGAUUCCCAGUGAAAAACCAUGUCAGAAGUGUGUAAGAAUUAGCAAACGUAAAGAAAUUUUAGGUAAUUCGUCUAACGACAAUUUUUAACUGUAUUUAAUGUAGAGAUUUUUAUAUUUAUUUCACUAUACAAUUUAUUUUUAUAAUCAAGGAAUAAUAUUGUGCAAUUAAUAAAUUGUUACCACGUU